AUGAAGCUUUAUGUUGGCGAGAAGGUAGCGGAAUCGCGAGUGGUGACAAACAGCACAGCGAAGCUGAACAUCACAGUACCGAAAUUUGAAACGCAAGGAAUUUUCGUCGAAUACACUGUCAACCAUCCUAGAGGGAUGUGGAGCAGCGAGGAUCUUGCACUCUGUUUCUUCUAUGUCUUUACUCUGUUGCUUGGUUUAUGCGCCUUACUAUGCACCUUAUACAUGCAUCGACAAUUGAGGCAGCUCGAACGGCGGUUUAAGCAACACCAGAAGCUAAUGGAUGCUCGUAGGGAGCCCAUAAGUAUAAAGAUGCUGUAA